GUGGUGCAUUAUCAUCUCUUAAAAAAGUAGCUGAUCUUGCUAAACUUGCACAUACAAGUACAUCAUUUGCAGAACGUUUAGAAGAACAAAAGUACAGUAUUCCUCUUGCUAAUCGAACUCGAUGGAAUUCACAAUUUCAAACUGUGAAGAAAGUUAUUAGUAUUCCAUCCUUCAUUCUUAACUCCAUUCUAACUGAUUUAAAAAAAAAUAAUCUUAUUCUUAAUACUAAAGAUAGAAAAAUUUUAGAAGAUUUUGUUUCUUUAUUUGAACUGUUUAAUGAAGCUACUGUUCUAACACAAGGUGAAUUUUAUGCUACUGUUAGUCUUGUUGCACCUACUAUUCUUGGUAUUCUUUUUGAUCUUGAGCGUGAACAUGCUUCUUCAAAUUUAUCUCUUGUAUCUGUGUGUGAAGCACUUCUUUCAUCUCUGAAAGCUCGAUUUAGUGGACUUCUUCGUCAUUUCGAAAUUGAUGUGCCAUUUGCUUUUUAUUCCAUGUCUGAACGUUUUUCUGAUCCUAUCUUUCUAAUUGCGCCACUUCUAGAUGCACGUUUUAAGUUGUUAUGGCUCGAUAAUCUUCAAUUUGCGAUAAAGUUACGUGUUAUCGAAAAAAUUUACAGUACUUUUGUUCGUUUUUUCUCAAAAUUGAAUUUUUCUGUAUCACAACCAGAAGGAGCUGAUGAGUCGAACGUAGCUGAACAAGAUAUUACUGAUAUGAUGACCAAACAUGUUGAUCCAACAACAAAAAGAAAAUGUCUUUUUCCUUACUUAAAUGAUACAAAAAAGAUUUCAUUUGAUGACAAAUCGAAAGUUUUGCAAAAAACAGAUGCAAUUACUGAUAAUCAUGCAGAUAGUUUGAAUAUUCCAUCUAUUGAUUUAGUUGAUCAUGCGGAAAGUGUAAACUUAUCUAAAGAAUUUUUAUCAACAGAACCAACAGAAGCUUCAUCUGCCAUCACAACUGAAAAUAAAACAAAACUAAAAUAUAAUCUUCUUUGUUGCAUGUCUGACACUCGUUAUAUUCCUGAAAAACAAUCACAUCUUAAAUCGACAAGUGACAAACGUAAUUGCCAGUUAGGCUGGUUCACUAAAUAUAACUGGCUUUCCUACUGUAAGAGUAGUGAAAAGGUUUAUUGUUUUUAUUGUCGUACAGCAUAUCAAAAUAAAUAUCAUCCACAAGCUAAUAAAAUGGCUGAUUGUUCAUUCACAGUCUGUGGUUUUGAUUAUUGGAAAAAUGGUUUAGCCAAAUUUGAAAAACAUGAAAGCAGUCAAUGCCAUGCUGAUUGUAUAUAUUUGGUGAAACAACAACAGCAACAACCAGUAGCAGCACAAAUUAUACAAGCUAUUAAAUUUUUAUUACGUCAAGGUUUAGCUUUACGUGGUCAUGCCGAAAUAGAAGGAAAUUUAAUUCAAUUUAUAAUAUGUGAUGAAACAACUGAUUCAACUGGUAGUGAACAAAUGUGUUUUACAAUAAGAUCAGUGGACGAUCAGUUCAUUGUUCAGGAAGAUGUUAUUGGUCUGUAUCAAUUAAAUUCUCAGCAUGCUGAACAUAUUACACAAGUGAUAUUGGAUAUAUUAAUUCGAUGUGAUUUAGACAUCAAAUUUUGUAGAGAUCAAGGCUAUGAUGGUGCUGCAACAAUGUCGGGCCAUCUAUCCGGUGUAUCUGCUCGAAUUAAAAAUUUGAAUCCAAAAGCUUAUUUUGUACAUUGUAAUGCACACUCAUUAGAUCUUGCAUUACAAGAUUUAACUUGUGAAUCACCAUCUGUAGCAUCUGCUUUAAAUAUAACGAAAGAUAUUGUAAAUUUUAUGAAAAAGUCUCCAAAACGAUUACAUUUUUUAGAUUCAUUAACAGAACUGAAGAAGUAUUCAAAAUUGAAGCCAUUAUGUCCUACUCGAUGGACAGUGCGAGCUGCAUCUAUGAAUUCAUUGAUUAUUAAUUAUGAUUUAGUUGAAACAUCUUUAAAUGAAAUUAUUUCUGAAGGUGGUCCACCUUCUAUCAUGGCAAAUGGAUAUUUUGAGCAACUAUAUAGAUUCUCUACAUAUUUUGGAUUGAAAUUAGGUCAUUUGAUAUUUUCUCCUACUGAAGAAAUUUCAUGCUCAUUACAACGUAUUGAAAAUUGUUUACAAGAUGUUUUAUGUGCAAUUAAAACACUAAUAGGUUAUUUACAAAGAAUUAAAUGUAUUGAAUAUUUCAAAACGUUCUAUGAAUUAGUGCUAAAAGAAGCUGAAUUAUUAACUGAAGAACCUGAAUUACCACGUGUUAGAAAACCACCUCAACGAUUUGCUGAUACAAUACGAGCACCAGUAGUGUAUCAAAACGUUUUUGAUAUGUAUCAGAAACAAUACUUCAAUGUCAUUGAUAAAGUUUUAAUUGGAUUAGAUUUACGUUUUCAACAGUCGGUGUUUCCUUUGUUAUGUAAAGUAGAAAAAUUUAUUCUUGCGGCGGCAAAUGGUACACAAGAAGAAGCUGAUAAUUUAAAUAUCCGCAAUAUUGCUGAAUUUUUAACUGAUGAUAUUGAUAUUCUUCGUUUACAACGUGGAAUAAAUAUGAUACCCGAUUAUUUUUCAGUUAUUAAUUUAGAAAAUAAUUUUGGUAUUAAGAAAAUUACUAAAAUUCAAACUAUUUGUGAUCUUCUCAAUGUACAAUCUGUUGGUAAAUCUAUGUUCUGCGAAUACACAACACUAAUACGUCUGUAUUUAACCGUUCCUGUAACAACAGCGACAGCUGAACGUUCAUUCAGUACUAUGCAUCGAGUAAAAACAUAUCUUCGAUCAAGUAUGACACAGCAGCGUUUAAAUCAUGUAAUUAUACCUCAUAUUCAUAAAGAAAGAUUAGAUGAACUAGACUUAAAUAGUAUCUGCUCUACAUUUAUUUCAAGAAAUCAGAGUAGAAAAUGUUUUUUUGGUUGUAUUUAG